UAAAUAUCGGAAGAGGCUUGCAUCACUAAAUUGCAGAUGGCAACUCUUAAAUGCGAUUUUUUGUUUAUAAAAUAAAUAACUUGUAAAAAGUUGACACACACAACAACCGUCAUGAAAAUAAUAAUUAAAGUGCUUAAGGGCAAAGAUUGCACACUUGAGGUGUCGCCGACGUCCACGAUUCAGGAGUUGAAAGAAAAAAUAGAUGUCGCUCUACAAAUUCCCGCCACAAAUCAGAAACUCCUUUUGCUUGGUCGACCAUUAAAUAAUGACCAGACAAUUGCAUCCUAUCCAAACAUCAAAGAGGGCACUAAACUUAUUCUUGUCGUGAUGAAACCUGGAUUACGGGACUGCAUUCAUCGUGCAUUUCGCAAAUACUAUACGGAAGCUCAAGCGGAACGGCUGACCAACGAAUUCAUGACAGAUUUCGAGGCAAAAUUGAAGGAACAGAGUUUGGACGAUUUGGAACGUUUCGCUGAUAAUUGCUUAUAAAUCUGAUAAAUCUAUCAACAUAUUGACGCUGAGAAGAAUACAUAUUUUACUUAAUUUUA